CCGGCGUGCGGAGCGGUCCUCAUCCCCGAUCGCUGCGGCCCGGCCCGCCACCGAGGCGCGCAGGCGGGCGCGCGGAGCGGCCGCUCAGGAGGAUCUCUUCACCACCCCCAAGAAGCUACUCAAUGCUGAAGCCUUUCAGAGUGGCAUCAGAGACUUUGCAAACACCAUGGACGGGUUUUGUGAUCAGCAAGUCCCCUUUAUGGUCCCAGGGAAAUCUCGGUCGGAGGAAUGUCGAGGGCGACCUGUGAUUGACAGAAAGAGGAAGUUUUUGGACACAGAUCUGGCUCAUGAUUCUGAAGAGUUGUUUCAGGAUCUUAGCCAACUUCAAGAGGCUUGGUUAGCUGAAGCUCAAGUUCCUGAUGAUGAACAAUUUGUCCCAGAUUUUCAGUCUGAUAACUUGGUGCUUCAUGCUCCACCUCCCACCAAGAUCAAACGGGAGCUGCACAGCCCCUCCUCUGAGUUGUCAUCCUGUAGCCAUGAGCAGGCCCUUGGUGCUAAGUAUGGAGAAAAGUGCCUCUACAGCUAUUGUGCCUAUGAUAGGAAGCCUCCCUCUGGGUUCAAGCCAUUAACCCCUCCCACCACUCCUUUGUCACCCACCCAUCAGAAUUCCCUGUUUCCCCCACCUCAGGCAACUCUGCCCACCUCAGCUCUGGCCCCCGGAGCAGGCCCAGUUCAAGGGGUGGGUCCUGCUCCCACCCCUCACUCACUUCCGGAACCUGGAUCACAGCAACAAACAUUUGCGGUCCCCCGGCCACCACAUCAGCCCCUGCAAAUGCCAAAGAUGAUGCCUGAAAGCCAGUAUCCAUCAGAACAGAGAUUUCAGCGACAGCUGUCUGAGCCCUGCCACCCCUUCCCUCAGUCAGGAGUCCCUGGAGAUAAUCGCCCCAGCUACCACCGGCAGAUGUCAGAGCCCAUUGUCCCGGCAGCUCCCCCACCCCUUCAGGGAUUCAAGCAGGAAUACCAUGACCCGCUCUACGAACAUGGGGUCCCCGGGAUGCCUGGUCCCCCGGCGCACGGGUUCCAGUCACCAAUGGGAAUCAAACAGGAGCCCCGAGACUACUGUGCCGAUUCAGAAGUGCCUAACUGCCAGUCAUCCUACAUGCGAGGAGGGUAUUUCUCCAGCAACCAUGACGGAUUCACAUACGAAAAGGACCCCAGGCUAUACUUUGAUGACACUUGCGUGGUGCCGGAAAGACUGGAAGGCAAAGUCAAGCAGGAGCCCACCAUGUACCGGGAGGGCCCCCCCUAUCAGAGACGAGGCUCCCUUCAGCUGUGGCAGUUCCUUGUCACCCUUCUUGAUGACCCAGCCAAUGCCCACUUCAUCGCCUGGACUGGUCGAGGCAUGGAAUUUAAGCUGAUAGAACCGGAAGAGGUUGCAAGGCGUUGGGGUAUCCAGAAGAAUCGGCCAGCCAUGAACUACGACAAGCUGAGCCGCUCUCUGCGCUAUUACUACGAAAAGGGCAUCAUGCAGAAGGUGGCUGGGGAACGGUACGUCUACAAGUUUGUCUGUGACCCAGACGCGCUCUUCUCCAUGGCCUUCCCCGACAAUCAGCGUCCCUUCCUGAAGGCAGAGUCGGAAUGCCCCCUCAGCGAGGAGGACACCCUGCCGCUGACUCACUUCGAAGACAACCCUGCUUACCUCCUGGACGUGGAUCGCUGCGGCAGCCUCCCCUACGCCGAAGGCUUCGCUUACUAAGUUUCGGAAUGGCUGAGUAGCCAAACCCUCGAGCUAGCGGUCCCCAUUCAGGCAAAUGAGGGCAGUGGUUUUGUUUGUGUUCUUGGCUGUUCCUAAAGCUUGCCCUUUGAGUAUUAUCUGGAGAACCCAAGCCGUCUCUGGAUUUGACACCCUUCAAGACAAAUACCUUGGCUAGGGAGUGGGGACAGGGAGAGACAGAAAAAAAAACCCCAGGCCGCUGGUGAUUCUGAUUCCUGAGAAGAGAUGAAAGUGAAGCCUCCUGGCCAUUAUGGACAGUGUGUGCAGAACAAUACCUUUUUCAGGUUAGCGCCGACAAAAGGGAACGAGUGUAUGACAAUCUGCGUUGAUCACAGACUGCUAGCUGCCUCUGCGUAGAAGAGCUUUCACUUGCACAGUUCUUUGGAAAGAAACCGCACGCCCAUAGGCGAGUCGAUAGGCUGGGUUGGGAAGGCUCAGACCAUUGAGGCUUAGAAUUUGCGAAACUCUGGUAGCUCGUUUCCCUUACCUAGUCCAUAGCUAGGGAGGCCAGGACAGCUGUUAUCCCACUCCAUGGUUUUCUGACCACUGCUCCUCUUGAGCCUUCUGGCCAAGUGGUCAACCAGGUAGAUCAAGCCCCCUCUCCUCCCAGUCACAUGGCUGAGUGCGGAUAGCUUCUAUUUUAGAGGAAAGACGAUUAACACUUGACAGUAUUUUGUUUUGCUUUUGGGGGGGAUCAUUUUGGUUUUGGUGAUUGUUUUGGGGGGAAAAACAGUUUAUAUAAACUGAUUUUUGUAGUUUUGGUAUUUAAAGCAAAAAAUAAAAACUUUUUGGUAACUGCACUGCAUCCCUUAGGCAGGGCCUCGCCCACUUAGGAAGACACUGCAGCUGAGGGGGGCUUUGCUGGGGCUUCCCGUUCGCUGCAUGGAAGCCUGCGCGGUGCCUUCUGCACCAGGCCACCUGUUCACGGCACCUCCACCCGAUUUGUACAUUUUUUGAAGUGUGCAGGGCAGCCUGGACACAGCUUAGAUUUCUAUGUGUAUAGUCCUCCACGCUCACCAACUUGCCCUCUCUGGGAAGCAGAUGUACAUACUACACGUCAUAUCCAUGUUAACCACUGGUCACCUGGCGGGGAACCCCAGGCCUCAGUUUCUCUCUUCCUUUUUCCUUUCGGUUUUGGACUUCGAACCCUGCAUAAUGGUUCCCUAGGGUCUAAAACUUUACCUGUCCUUGACAGGUAAAAGUGCUAGCAUUCUGGCUUCGUGCUUUUUUUUCUUCUUCUUCUUCAAUCAAUUUUUAUUCUGAUUGCUGUAUUAUAUUGGGAAUGUUCUGAACAACCAAACUAAAGCUGUAUGGAGCUUGGGUUCAGAGUGGAAGAAAAGUCAGUCAAAAGCACCAGUCCCUUGCUCCUGCGGCCCUGUUGACAGGAGUCUGCUGUCCUUGAUACUCUACUCGUUAAGAGUGUUCCUCAUGUGCAGGACACAGAACUGAUUGAGCGUGGGACACGCUUUGCCGUCCUACGAGAGAGGCACUCCACAGCUGCUCUCACGACUUACAGCACACUUGUGAGGAGGUCACAGGGCUCAGGCCUGCAGUUUACAGCUCUGAGGACCUAAGAAGGUUCUCCUCUUGGAAGCUUGUCAGCCCACAAAGAUGUCAAACCUGAAGCUUGGGCCUUAAUUAGCGUUGUACUCUAAUGAAAGGACUCUCUAAACCAUAUUUAUAGCUUUCUAAUCUACACAUAGUCUAUACGUAGAUGCAUAUUUUACCCCAGCUGGCUAGAGAUUUAUUUGUUGUAAAUGCUGUAUAGAUUUUUCUCCCCCUCUUUACUUAAUACUGGUUUGGGGUUUGUUUUUGUUUUGUUUUUUAAUAAGUUUAUGCUGUUUCAUUGGGUAUGAAAAGAAUUUUCUGUAGCCUGAGCUGCCCCUCCCCCGCUGUGACUGCACAGCCUGUGCCAUCAAGGGACACAGGACAGCGGAGUCAUUUUGCAUUCCCGUUGGAUUCAUGAACCUCCCAGAUAGCUCUUUCCUUCCGGGUGUGGGGGUUGUUUCAUUCAUUUACUUCUUUUCCAGAGUGUGGAAAGUCUACAGUGCAGAAAGGCUUUAGCCUGCCGGUUGAUGUGAAAUACUUUUCCCUGCACAGGGCUGUGCGCCUCCUGCCGAGCUGCGUUAUCUUCUGUACUGUGUACAAUAAAGAAGUUUGCUCUCCUUUA